CAACCGGUCGCAGGGUGCUGUGCAGGGUAGAGGUAACGUGGUAAUCCCGGGACGGCGAGCAACGGAUGGCAAAACACCUCUGACGGGAGUCUCAUCUCAAUUUCCAUACAAUGAUCCCAUCGACAAUCACCACGGUCCUGCUUCUGUUUGGGUCGCCGAUGUGGUUCCCUGUCGUUUCAUGUUCGCCCCACGGCAAACUACGGUCUAGCGAAAUUCGACAAUCGUCAUUUCAUGACCGGACCCGUCGGUAUGCCAUUGCAGGAUUACACCAGGAUGUGAUAGUGCCGUCGUCCAGCCUAGACCCAUGCCGGUCCAUCACGGUCCAUCGCAGGCCCAGGGAAUGGAAGCCAGGGCCCCAUUCCCGGACCAACAGACCCCUCGUUGCAGGCUCCAAGACCGAGCUUAAUUAACCUUUGCAUGCGCUGCCCUGCCGCCCUCUCGUUCGCUACUUACCAUUUCCUACCAACCACAAUUCCUUUCUAUCUUUAACCGGUCCUACCAAACCAUCCUCUUCCACCCUUUGUCACUCUUUUUGUGUAUUUGUGUGUUUGAUUCGUUUCCUUCUCUCCACGGUAGCAGCGGCAACGGCAUCAACAGCAGCAGCAGCAGCAGCAGCAUCACUUCAGUUUUGGAAGAGAAGUGGAAAAAGAAAAAAAG